GUUAAUAGUGUUCCAAAUAAAGUAAUUUUAAUAUUUAUAUUAUUAUCAUUUGUGAGAUGCUUUGGUGAGAGCUUGUACUAAAAUAGCUGAUGCUCUUAAUCAUUUUGGAGGCAAAAGUAAACCUAUCAGCGAUGAAAUUUAUCAGUUUACUGUUAGCAAAAGAAUGAAAUGAGCAUCAGUGAAGCUGUCCACGUAGGACAAUUAAAUCAGCCAAUCAGGAGAUCCCUUUCUGACACGUCAUCACGAGUUUAAAAAUAUGGGCUUCGUUUUUUUUUGAGACAAAAUGUAAAUGUCAAUGCCCAGGAAGCCCAUUCUUUUUUCUCUUAGCCUUCUUCGUUUCACCUUUCACGAUCUAAAGUGGAGAGAUCCGACGUUUCCCUUUUUCAAUUCUCCAAACCCCCAAUUUUCUAGAUGAUUCGUAAAACCCUUUGCUCUUCCUCUCUUCGUUUCCAUCUCACGAUCUGAUCCACACGAUUAAUCAAUACAUCCUCCACAAUUGAUUGAGAUGGCUUCAGGUCCAGAUCCGAACAGCUUUGGUGAUGGUGCGAAGCGGGAUGAAGCUACGACCAAGGUUCCUUCUAAGGAUCCCAAGAAGAAGGAUGAUAAGAAAGAGGAAGAUCUGUCUGAAGAGGACUUGAAACUGAAGCAGAACCUGGAGCUCUAUGUUGAGAGGGUUCAAGACCCUAAUCCUGAACUGCAGAAGGCUGCUCUCGAAAGCAUGAGGCAGGAGAUCCGUGCCUCAACAAGCUCCAUGACGUUGUUAGACCGGAUGCCAAAGAGGUUGUCAUGGCUGGAACUUGGAGGUUCUCAAAGGCUUUGUGGUUAGUGAUGCUACUGAUGUGGAGACGUUGUGUCUACUGGCUGAACUGAAGCACUUGAAGAAGCUGGAAAGCUAAGCAUUACUAUAAACAAAGGUGGUAAAUUCACUGUUUCUCAGCUGUUUGUGGAUAUUCAGGACUUCUCCAAUCUGGAGAAGUUGAAAGUGGCGUGGGGAGGUAUUAAUGAACACAACAAAGCUGAAUCUACUUCUGGAGCAGUAAAAUAAUUCAUCAGGUCGAUGACACGGCUUCCUCCUAAUAGCCCAGUUACAGAUCCAAAGCCUCACAAGGCUCCAAAGAAGGUAGCCGUUCCAAGCCACCUUCCAGAGAAGUUAAUGAAACUGGACCUGCAGUGUUUUCCUGAUGCUGAACUUCCCUCAUUGCUUGAGCCUGGUAAGCUACGUAUGUUGGAAAAACUCUACAUCAAAGGAGGAACCAAGCUUACAGGCUUUGGGAAGUCCGUGCCUGAGAAGCCAACAGAGUGCAGUGUCAAGGUUUUGCGUCUGAAAUUCCUUCCCAGGCUAAAAGUGGAGUGGAGGGAGCUGAGGGAACUAUACUUUCCAAAACUGGAGUUCUUGGAUAAGUAUCAGAGCCCUCAAGUUAGUUUCUGCCCCUGUGAUGGUAUCGGAAUCUGGCGCGGCAAGUCUAACCAACUCUGAGCUGAGAGUUGCUCAGUUUUCCACAUGUUGUCUAUCCAUUCUGUUUCUGUUGUUGUACGUUUGUUUCCUCAUUUUCCAUUGAUGUCUUCCUUGUGAAUAUAACAAUAUGAUGACACCUACAGUAUUGUAAUAGAAAAACUUUCAGACAAAUUUCUUGAUGAGCAAGUUAAAACCCAUGUUUGAUACAACAGAGAGAGGAGCUUGCCAAAGCUAUUGCAGAUGCUCGUGAGAGACAAGAGGCACAACUGAAAGACAAUCCUCUGCUAGCUAAUCCUUGCACAGCAUGCCUGGUACACCAUGAUCGAUCCACAGUCAUCACUAUCACUACCGAUACGAGAUGACUAUUAAUACUGAUGCGGUUUCAAACGAAAAACAGAGUUGAAGAACUACAAUUUCUUUUAUUUAAAAAAGAAUCAAAAUCAGAUUAUAUUAUACAAGAGCUCAAAAACAGAAUUCCAGGACUACAAUUUCUUUUAUACAAGAGCUCAAAACAGACAUAUGCCCAUACACUGUCGUGUAUGUUUCUCAUCGACUAAACAAUAUUUAUUAUUUAAUACUAAUUAUUUAAUUAUAUUUAAUACUGUAUUUAAUUAGUUACUAAAAACAGGAGUCACAUCUAAUAAUUACUCUUCUCAAAUUAUAAAUAUGUAAUUCAAACCACAUAACCUUCGUUACCCUUAUAUACGACCACGCGUCAUAUAAUCAAACAUUGAAUUAUUUUAAAAUUCUUUAACCUACACUUUAUACAUAUAUAUUAGUUAGCUUUCAUAACAAAAUUUAUAUCUUAUAAACAAAGUAAAUAUUUAAAUAAUAAAAUUAUAAAUAUUAAACAAUUUAUUAUUUUCGCGCAUGAGCUGUCAUAUCAAAAAAUUAAGGAUGAUGUAAUAUUAUAAUAUUAUGAAAGUAAUCUAUAAACUAAAUCUAUAUAGAUAUGAGGAUACAAUUGUAAAGUGGUCUCACAUUGAAUUUUUCUGAUUCUGUGCAUUCCUAAUUGGAAGGAGAUAAUCAACAUCUAAUAUUAUAUUACUCAUAGUAUGUAUUAGAAAUGAUCGAACCGUAAACCAAUUAACAAUGAUGUAAGGAAUACAUAAAAAUAUAUUUUCAGUUAUCACAAAUAUAAAAUCAAUUGACAACAACUUAAUUAUGUCUAGCGUAAGACAACAGAGAAGAGUUUCCAUACCUUCUAAUAUUAUAAUAUCUCACUAUAUUUGUGGUUAAAUAAGUUUUUUCUAGGAUAAAUACUCACUCCAUUCUUGGAGUUUAAGCUUUUCAAUCUGAUGAUUUUAGUAGUUUAAUCCCAAAAAAAAAAGAAACGGUCGAACUGUACAUUGUAAUUGGAGAAAGAAAACAAACAAAUAUCAACCAAAGACUUUUAAACUAUAUGAAUCAAAAAUUGGAAAGAGCAAUUAUCUGCAAUUAAAGAAUAAAGCAAUAAAAU